UCUGGGAAUAGCUCACGAUGUGUCUUUAGUGUACUUCAUUUCCCAUGAGCAGUAGCGCCAACUGUCACAUGACCGCCCCCUAACGUCACAUGCCAACAUGGCCGCCACUGUCGCUGGCGAACAUUUCAGCAACUUACAGCUUCUCCUGAAGGCUCCGUCUAAAGAUGCAGUGAGGGACGUUUGUGUUCAGAGUCACAGAGGACCGAGUCGGCGGCUGGCAGAGACCACAGCAGCCGCAUUCAGCAUCCCCGCAGCGCAGGCUGCACAGCUGGUCCAGUCUCUCCACGUUCUGUCUCAUCACGUCCUCUUCCACAACCUCAGCUCUCCAGAACAGAUCCUCCGUCUCUUCCCGGAAUCGUUCCACUCCAGUCUGAAGAACCUGAUCACCAAGAUCCUGCUGGAGAACAGUCCAACAUGGAGGACAGAAGCUCUCGGUCGUCAGGUCUCUCUCCCUCAGCUGAAGGAGUUGGACUGGAGAGUGGACAUGGUGACCAGCUCGGACUCGGUCAGUCGGAUGUCCGUCCCCACCUGCCUCGUUCAGCUCAAGAUGGAGGACCCGGCAGCAGGAGGCGAGUCGGUUUCCACGGUGACGGUGGAGCUGAGCAGGGAGUCUCUGGACACCAUGCUGGACGGACUGGGACGCAUCAGAGACCAGCUGUCUGUGGUCGCUGGGAAAUGAGGACUCGGCUGAGACAGCUGAUUGGCUUGUCUGUAUGGUGACAUCACAGCUGUGUCUCUGGACUCUUUAAACAGUAAUGAGCUAAUCAGUUAAUAGAUCGACAGAAAUCAGUAUUUUGUAGUAACUGAUUUACCGUUUCAGUCAGGUGGUAAAAUUGCAGAAUGUUUGGUUGUUAAAACUCAUAUGUGUCAUAUGAUGGUUUCAGUUUUGGGGCUGGAGAUCAUCAGGACGAGAAAGAAUUCACACGUGGCAGCCUGUGACAUUCAUCAGUACUUUGACUUACUGUACAUUCAGUUAUUAAGCAAGAAGUUCUGAAUGUAUUGAAGUUCUCAAUAUCAGAAUAAUUACUGUGUUAUAGAUAUUACCCUCAAACCGCAGUUAUGUGUUGAAGAUUAUUCCUUUCUCACAUCUAUGAAUAUGAAAAUAAACUUCUGAGAGUGUUUCCUUCA